AUGGUGGCUAAAACCAAAAAGCAAACCGGGAAGAGUCCGGCGACCCAGACUGACCGCGACAGGAGCCCGCUUGUUUCGCCACCUGGCAAAAGUAACGUUAGGCGACCAGGCAGGGAGGGCAAGGCUUUCAACAGCACGCAUUCAAACGGGCUUUCAGGCAUCAGACACAAGCUGGGGCUAACUCCGUCUGCAGCCGCCAAGCUGGGAAUCACUCUUCUCCUCGCUGCUCUGACUGGAUAUCUGCACUGGUAUCAUCUCACACAGCUCUUUGAGAAUGACAGGCACUUUUCACACCUGUCUAACCUGGAGAAGGAAAUGGCUUUUCGAACAGAAAUGGGUCUGUACUAUUCCUACUACAAGACAAUUAUUGAGGCUCCUUCUUUCCUGGACGGCCUUCACAUGGUCAUGAACGAUCGGCUGACAGAGCAUCCGCUGGUUAUUAACACACUGAAGAGAUUCAACCUCUAUCCAGAGGUGGUCCUGGCCAGCUGGUACCGGAUGUACACAGGUGUAAUGGCUUACUUUGGGAUUCCCACAAAAAUGUGCUGGUCCAUCAACAGAGGAGAGGGACUCACUCCUGUGGACAGCUGUGAAGGAAUGGGUGACCCAGCGUAUUUCUAUGUGACCUGUGUGUUCCUGCUGAACGGCAUGAUGAUGAGCAUCUUCUUCAUGUACGGCUCCUACCUCAGUGGCAGUCGACUGGGUGGCGUUAUUACCACAUUGUGUUUUUUCUUCAAUCACGGUGAGAGCACUCGAGUGAUGUGGACUCCGCCUCUGAGGGAGAGUUUUGCCUACCCUUUCCUGGUCCUGCAGAUGCUUCUUCUCACAUACAUCCUACGGACACGGAACCCGAGCCGGACAGCUAUGGUCGCUCUGGGCAUCUCCAAUUUGUGCUUUAUGCUCCCUUGGCAGUUUGCCCAGUUUGUGCUGCUCACCCAGGUGGCUUCUCUGUUUGCUUCGUACAUUCUGGGCUACCUCGCUGCUGCUAAGAUGCAGUCCAUCCUCGUCACUCAUAUGAUCACACUCGGCGUCUGCUUUGUCCUGAUGUUUGGUAACUCCAUGCUCCUUACAUCCUUCUAUGCCUCUUCGCUAGUGUCAAUCUGGGUAAUCAUUGCAAUGAGGGAGCGAUUUGCUCAAGUCUUCAGACAAGGCAUUGUCAUCUGGGUCAUGCAGGGUCUGGCUUGGGUCUGCUCAACAGUUCUGCUUAAAUUCCUGCUAUCCACAGUUUUGGGUGCCUCUGAUGAUGCUCACAUCAGUGGACUGAUCAAGUCUAAGUUCACGAGCUACAAGGACUUUCACACUCUGAUGUAUACGUGUGCUGCUGAAUUUGACUUCAUGGAGUUGGAGACUCCUGUGCGUUACCUUAAAACGUUGCUGCUGCCCAUCAAUGUGCUGGUGGUUGCUCUCAUUGCUGGCAGGACCAUCCAGGAUAUAGUCCGGUCCCUGAGGCACGGGGAGAAGAUGUCGGCCAAGACUGAAGAUGCUGACGAAGCUGCAGGGUCUGAAAUAGCUGCAAAAGGAGAGCUGGUGUACCACAGUCUGCAGCUGAUGGCUUUUGCUGUCCUGGCCAUCCUCAUUAUGCGCCUGAAGCUUUUCCUGACACCACACAUGUGCAUCAUGGCGUCACUGAUCUGCUCCAGACAGCUCUUUGGCUGGAUUGGGGAGAAGUUUAAGCAGCACACUGUGGUUUUUGCUGUAUUGGCCAUUAUGGCCAUACAGGGAAUGACCAAUCUGCAGGCCCAGUGGGCGAUCAUCGGAGAGUUCAGCAACCUGCCCCAGGAGGAGCUGCUGGACUGGAUCCAGGAAAACACCCGUCCUAAUGCUGUGUUUGCUGGAGCGAUGCCCACCAUGGCCAGCGUAAAGCUUUCCACAGGUCGGCCUAUUGUCAACCACCCUCACUACGAAGACGCUGGGCUGAGAGAGAGAACCAAGCUGGUCUACUCCAUGUACAGCCGCAUGUCUGGAGAAACCGUGAAAAGGAACCUCAUGAAGCUGGGAGUGGACUUUUUCAUCCUUGAGGAUUCAUGGUGCACCAGGCGAACCAGACCUGGGUGCAGCAUGCCGGAGAUCUGGGAUAUUGAGGACCCCCAAAAUGUUGGCAAAACCCCCCUCUGCACCCAUAUUUCCAGGAACUCUCGACCCCACUUUACCACAGUCUUUUCCAAUGACAUUUACAAAGUUCUCAAAGUCCCCAAAGCCACCAAAGAUCUCAGAUAACAUCGCUGGACACACUGGCUCAACACCAAACUGUUCUUUGCGUCACUUCUUUGUCGUACAUUUUUUGGUCACUCACUGCCGUUGCUGCUUUUUACUUCCCAAAAAAACCGGUUCCACAUUUCUUUUGUUACUCUGAUUCACCAAACAGUGGCUCAAAAACAGGUUGGACAUAACAAACAAGUAUGUAAAACCUCUUGGUGACGUCACAGCUCUCAGUAUUUUUAACUCAAAGUCUCUUUCCAGACUAGCUAUUGCUGCGUUGUUGUCACCAGUGGUGUUCAUUAUAUGAAAGCCAGGCGGUGGUGGUUGUAGCUCUCCAUUUAGCUUCCUGGCAUUGGUCUUGUUACAUAUAUUCCUUAUUUUAAGGGAUGCUCUCCUUACCUUUGUAUAGUGUUUUUCUUACUGUGUAGAACUGAUUUUGACUUUCACUUCAGAAGUAAACUUUUGUCUGGCAAGACCAAUCAGUGAUGUCCACAUACUGUGAAGCAAUACCCUCUGCAAACCUGGCAAAAGCUGACUUCUUCUAUUGUUAUGCACAGUGUUGAUGUAUGAAACGAUUUUUCAGUAGUACACUAUUUUUAUAAUUUAUUGACGUCACCGUUUUUAUGCAACUUUAAAAGUGUUGAAACAUUUUCUUUUCAAGCAAACAGUGUUUUGAGACUUUUGGGAGUCUAGGAAGAAAAUAAUGUUCUUGUGUUUUAAAAUGUACAUAACAUUGAUGUCUAUGUGGACUGAAUUCACUCUAGCUAAAUUGGGAGCAGAGCUUUUGUUGUUGCUUCAGUAAUAGUUAGUUUAUUGUAUAAUUUUUAUGUCCGAGAAGGUAACGAAAACAUCGAUUUCUUUGAGUCUUUUUUUUUUUGUAAAUACUGACUACGUUGUUUUGUAAACUGCUGAUGGACUUUAAAAGGUUCUUUGUGCUUCUUGAA